UUUAUAGCAGUAAAGAGGAAGGAAGUCUAUUGCUCCAGACCGCCAUGUUUUCUUUUUCUUUUUCUGUGUACGGGGCGAAUCUACCCGCUACGAGCGACCACCACAGCAGAGUUUAACGGUAUUUACUAACAUAACCGUCUGGAGACUCAGCCUUCCGAUGAGUGUCACAGCGUUAGGACCUGAAUCUGCCCUGAGGAUGAAGAGAGGGACACACCGAAGAUGACGAGCAGCAACACGAACACAGCUUCAGCUACAGCGCUGCUGGCUUUGGCUUUGCUGCUGCUCGUUGCUGUUGCUGUUGUUGUUGUUGGCGAUAAACACUCCCUGUUUUAUCUCUACACUAUCCAGUCCAGAAACUCUACAGACAGAGUCUAUGAGUUCAGUACAGUGACUCUGCUGGAUGACAGACAGAUUGACUCCUACAGCAGUACAGACGGGGUCAGGACUCCUAAACAGGACUGGCUGAAGGAGGUGAAGGAGCGUGAGUGGACAGCAGGCACUGAUAAGCUGAAGUACGAUGGACACCAGUUAAACAAGAUCCUCGACAUACAGAUGAAGACCUUCAGACACGAUGAGUCAGAUGGUCACACUCUGCAGUGGAGAAUCGGCUGUGAGGGUGAAAAACAUUCGGACGGCUCAGUGUCAGUGUUGAACUGCAUUAAUGAAUACGGCUACGACGGACAGAGUUUAAUCUCCUAUAACUGGACCUCGAGGAAAUGGUCAGCGCCAGUCGGUCAGGAUGGGGUAACAGAGGAGUGGAACGCUGGACGUGGUCAGAACGCUGUUCAGAGAUGUGAAGAGUGUGAGCACUGGCUGAAGAUUUAUUUACAGUACAACACCACUGAAACCAAACAGAGUGAAGUGGAUGUUUAUGUGUUUGUGAAGAAAUCUGUAACUGACCUGAAGAAGCUGACCCUGACCUGCCUGGCCACGGGCUUCUACCCCAAAGACAUGGAGAUUAAAGUGAGAAAGGUCACCACUUCACUGCCUGAACAUCUACUAAGAUCUUCAGGAGUCAGACCCAAUGAUGAUGGAACCUACCAGCUGAGGAAGAGUGUGGAGAUAAAUGAGGGUGAAGCAGCAGAUUAUGACUGUUAUGUGACUCACAGCUCCAUCAGCACACCAGUAAUUAAACAGUGGGAUGGAAAAUGCAGUAACUGCCAGAGCCGUCUGAUUAGAAGAGUAAUUGUAGGAUUGAUUGUAGGAGUGACUAUAGGAAUGGUGCUGCUCCAGGUUGGAUUUAUGCUGGUAAAACAUGAGAACUAGUGGGGAGACUCCUGUGGUGAACUGUGCGCUACUCCCAUGAUCAGGUGGAUGGACAGACAGUGGACUCACAGACGCUAAUCAGGACAGUAUCUAUUCCAGAAUAACUUCAUAAUCUGAUCAUUAACUCCAGAUCAGAAAACAGCGUCACACAAACAUCCUAACUAGACUAAACCUCUUAAACCCUGUCCUAACUUUAGGAUGAAGGCCUAAGUGCAGUGUUUUACUGGCUUUGUCAGCUUUUGAGCACAAUUUACACGGUUUAAACGGCGCUCAGACGCAGCAUGAACUCGGCCUCAGGACACUGCUGUUCCAUCAGGAACUUUCUGUGGUUCUUUCUCCACAGAGAUGAUCCACAAAUAGGACAUAGAAGCUUCACCUGUGGCUUCAGCAACUGCAAAAUUAAUAUAAUAUAAUAAUAUAUAUUAAUAUAUAAUAUAAAGAUAUGAUGACCACAAAGGGACCAAAGGACCCCUCUGUACUGAAUUCAGUGGUUUUGUGGAGUUAAUAAUGCAAAUAAUAGUAAAUUAAGUUAAAUUAAACUUUUAAAGAAGAUUACUGCUCAUUUUCACUCCUGAUAUGAGUUUAUUACUCAUAUUACUCAUGGUUUGCUGAUCUUACUGAUACAUUUUCUUCUUCUGAAAUCACUCUUUCCCUACUGAAAUCACUCUUUUCCUACAGAAAUCACUCUUUCUUCUGAAAUCACUUUCUCCUCUGAAAUUGCUUUUUCUUCUGAAGCAAAAACACACAGACACACACACACACACACACACACACACACACACACACACACACACACACACACAUUCUCUAAGUCACUUCUCCUUCUGGGUCGUGGGGGGUGCUGGAGCCUAUCCCAGCUGUCAUCAGGUGGAAGGCAGGAUGCACCCUGAACAGACUGCCAGUCCAUCGCAGGACGUGAAGCAAAAAUCUAUCAGCAAAAUCAGCAAAUAAAAGAAAUGAAAGUAAAAACUGGCAAAACGACUAAAAUUCAUAUCAAAUGAGGGAAAAUGAGUCGAAAUCUGUUUGAAAAUUUUAAUUUAACUCUUAAUUUGAAUUUGCAGAAUAUUUUGGACAUUUUGAUUUAAAAAUGUUUUGUUUGUGGAUUUUAUUUGAAACUUUUGGCACAAUUUUUUUUGCUCUUUGGUGCCACCUAGCUGUGAUUGUGGGUAGCUGCGCUAAAGAGGGAGUGAGCUAAUAGUGAAUAUUCAGGAGAACAGGAAGUCGCAUUCAGGACUACUUUAUUCUACAUGAACGCCAUGGAGCGUUUUAGCGUUUCAGUCCUCUUAAUCCUUAAACCCCUCAGAGACCGCUUCACCUGUGGGUCUUGCACUGUGUGCAGUUAUUUUCAGGUGUUAAUAUUUCGUGUGUACAGUAUUUCUGAUGGUGAUCUGGUUACUGUCGGAGCAGAGCCUCAGGCACCGCUGCCAAGCUGGUUUGUUUUCAGUCCAGCUUUCUAGCCUUCUGUUUUUCUGCUUUUGUUUUAACUGUUUUUAACCUGUUUUAUCUGUCAGAUUGAUCCGUCUGAGUCUCUGCACUGACUCCCCUAAUCCACAGACGACUUGUUUAAUUUAAUUUAACUCUGGGAGGUGUUUCUCCCCAAUGCCUCUCCUCAGCUCUCCAGCUGGAUUUGAUGGCAGAGCGAGGCUGAGCUGAGAGGUUAAUGAACUCGAAGGAAGAAUCUUCGAUCUUCCCAGAUCAAAGGCGACGAGGAUCUCCUCGACUCCUUGCUGGCUACAACUCAGGCGAUCAGCACCGGGCUAGACGGCAGUCUUCCUCGAACGGCUGUUGUGGCUGUCCAGAGGUCUAAACCCAAGGCCAGAGGUCUAAACCCAAGGCCAGAGGUCUAAACCCAAGGCCAGGGAGGUGUGCAGCUCCACGCUGCGCCAGACUGAGCCGAGGUCUGCUGCAGAUGGGGGUUUGUGUGGUGUAGUGAUGGUUCGGUCACGAACGAUCCGGCUCUUUGAAGUGAACGACGGGAGCCGUUCUUUUAUUAUUUUUUUUUUGGAAGCCGCACGUACUUGUAUGAGUCUACCGUGUGUCUACACGGACCAUUUUGUCCUUUCAAAGUUAUGAAAUCUCAGAAAAGUGAAAUAUUGUGUGUAUAUCGUGUAUCAUAAGAAUGUCUUUAAGUAUCAUAAUGUCAUAUAUUUGCUAUAUUGUCCAGCCUGUUAUUCAGCAGCUCUCUAAUGUCUUCUGCCUCAUAUUUCUAGGCCUGUGUGAGACCCAGUUAGGAUUAACACAGUUUAUCUAACAGAUUGUGACCGGUAGGACCUGUCUAAUGGGGGGCAGUUCCCCUCCAGACCCUUUAGUGGUAACACCAGGGAGUGUGGGGGAAGUGUCUAGGGAGGAGGCUGCAUCGUUGAUGUCGUCAUGCGCAGCGCUGCAGUAGUGACGCAAUCCACUGAUUGGUCGUGGCUUUAUGUUCUACCGGUCCUGCGCGUUGAUGAUGGUGAGCGUUAGCUGUGUGUGUGUGGCGCUGCGUCGCCAUUUCACUGUGUAAGUACACAUUUAGUGGCUUGUGGUGUUACUAAAGUUGAAUAUUGGUAACUGAUGUUAGUUUAACACCUUACAGAUCAAGAGCUCUGCCUGAGAGUCUUGGAGCACUUUUUAUGGGUACUUUGUGUGGGGUCAAGAGAUUUUAUGAACUGGGGAAGCAAGACAGUAGCAACAAGCCUGACGCGUUCUAGGUUGGUAUUUUAGGGAGCGAGUGCUUGAAGGUAAUGUGGUGAGUGGUUGUGCCUGAGUCUUCCUUUGUUAGGUAGGGAAUGUGUACAAGUUAGUGUCUUGUUUUUGUUGUAUUCCUCUGCUAUAGGUUACCUCAUCGGCACCAGUCGCUGUUUUGUUAUAUUGUUUUUUUAUUUAUUUUUUUUGUUUGGGUUAUUUUUAUUGUUUGCUGUAUUUUUUUUUAUUAUAAUAACAAUAAUAACCUAUUGUUAUUGUUUUAGUUCUUCCUGUGUCUAUUUGAGACAGGCAGUUGAGUGAUAUGCCUGGUUUUGCCACUGCCUGAAGAAUUUACUCUCCAAGUGAGCUUGGAAACUGAAGGAAUAUUAUAUAUUUUUAACUAGAAUAAACAAGUGUGAAUUUUAUUCUGUGAUUAUUAAUAACGAGUAAUAACGAGCAAGUGGUACAUGUAUUGCUGUGUGUAAUUUUCACAUGUCCACUUAAAGCUGUUCCAAGUAUCAAUUGUGAAGUUCUAUUGGUGCUCUGUUAUGUUUUUGUUAUGUUUUUAUGUUAAGUGUUCCAACAAUUCUUUAAUUGAUUUAUUACUAUUAUUGCAAGUAUGUACUUUUGUUUCAGUAUUCUUUGUAUCUUUUUAGGUUGUAUGAGUAUUUACCACUAAAUUAUGCUUGUGUCAUCACCAAUGUUGUUUUAUGAAGAGAAAUAAAGGAAAUUUCAGGA